GCCUUUUCUCCCAACUAUCCACUGACAGAGUGGAGACCUGCUGGUCCCGAUGACGAACGAGCUCCCUGCCCCAUGCUGAAUGCCCUGGCGAGCCAUGGCUACCUUCCACACGACGGCAAAGACAUCGGUGAAGAGACUAUUGUCCACGCGUUCGGGACAGCCCUGAACUUCGAAAAGAUCUUUUCUCAGACUCUUUUCAAGAACGCCUUGACUACGAACCCGAAUGCUACGACCUUCUCAUUGGCAAAUCUCAAUCGCCAUAACAUCUUCGAACAAAAUGGUAGCUUGAAUCGCGGAGAUUUCUACUUCGGAGACGAUCCCAACUUCAAUCAAACCACCUUCGACGAAACACGCUCUUACUGGCCAACUGCCCAUAUCGACCCCCAAUCCGCAGCCAGAGCCCGCCAGGCCCGCGUCAACACGUCUAAUCGAACAAACCCCGAAUUCAAACCAGACGAUACGGGCAAAGGCAACAGUUUCGAAGGAUCGGCUGCGUAUAUCAUGCUUGGAAACAAGACAACUGGUGUUGCUAGGAAAUCCUGGGUCGAGUAUCUUUUCGAAAAUGAGAGGCUUCCGUAUGAGCUUGGAUGUGAUAGAGCUCAAGAGGCUAUAUCUUUGUCGGACUUUGGAAUGAUGGUUCAAAGGGUUGUGAAUGCUACGGAGUCUGCGAAGGAACAGUGA